GUCUAUGGCUUGAUGGCUUGGUUCAAAACCAAAUAUUCUGGCCUUCCCCGGGCAACAAGAAACAUACCUUUGACUUUCCCACAAUAUUGGCAUUCCUAGCUUCUGAUUACAAUUCUGCCACCUUUCUUGCGCUAUGGCUCAGUCUGUCACAGGCCAAAUAGUCGAGAUAUGGAUUCUUUACGUCAUCGGUGCCUCCAUGAUAGCGGCGCGCAUCUUUUGCCGCACAAAGCUAGUCGGCUACAGAGGCUACCAGUGGGACGACUACCUAAUAGUGGCCUUGGCUUGUAUGUGGACAGCGGCGCCCGUUAUUGGCCAGGUCUUCGUGCAAGGUGCGAAGGGGCGGCACACGUCUGACCUGACGUUCAACGAAAGGAAAAACAUGAGUGAAUCCGAGCGCAAAGAGUGGGCGUAUGGUUCUCAGAUUUUUCUCCUGGGCCUAACAGGGUAUUUUGUUAUUCUCUGGACACUCAAGUUCAACAUGUUGUGCUUCUACAGCCGCGUCGUUCGUGGCUUGUGGACCGAGAAGUUCGUCAAGCCGCUGAUGGUGAUGGUGGGAUUGUCAGCAACCGCGAUUAUUUUCACGCUCGCUCUCACAUGUCGUCCCUUCAACCAUCUCUGGCAAGUCUGGCCUGAUCCAGGAAGUCAAUGUGUGCCUCAGAACAUCGUCUUUUUCGUCGUUAUGUUGACGUUCAAUCUGCUCACGGAUCUCUGUAUUAUGCUUGUACCAAUUCCAGUACUCAGAGGAAUCCAAAUAAACCGCUUCCAGAAGGUUGGACUCUACUUUCUGUUCAGUCUGGGUUUCUUUUGCAUGUUCGCCGCGGUGCUACGAUUCGUGCUCAUCUUCAAUCUCAACCACCGCGGAGUGUCGGCUAUGUGGUCUCUGCGGGAAGACUGCGUUGGAAUCUUCGUUGGACAAGCCCCGAUGAUCACGCCAAUGCUCAAGCGCCGCUUCUGGGUUAAUACUGGCUACGCUACGUCAAAGUCUGGGAGCUCAAAUAAUCGCAUUCGCGAAUUCUCCCACCGCAAUCCAGGCGAAAGCUAUCAGCUUAGGUCGACAGCCCCUGUCAGCAGCAGGAGAGCGCACGAUCCCUAUUCAAUGACUACGCUCGGUAUAGGGUCAGAGAGUCAAGAAGAGAUGGUAAGGAGGAAUUUGGAGUCCCCAGCGCAACCGGAACUGCUCCAAAAACCUCACAAUGGAAUUCUAGUGCAGUCCAGAAUUGAGAUUGAAGGAUUGGAAGGAGAUUACAAAAACACUGGCGAUCCCCGUUGGUAGCAAUAGGAAGGGUUCGACUCGAUGUGGGUGGCGAAUAUGUUCUAAGG